GCUGAUUGAGCGCGCCCCGCCCCCGACGCCAUCUUUCUGACCGCGAGCCGUCCAGGACCCCUUCGUUCGAGAAGCUCCACCUUCAGCUCGUUGGUUCCUCCAAGUUCAUGCCUACUUAAAGGCGGGCUGUUACGUGUGUUGUUUCCUGUGCCCCAAACUCUCCUCCUGGGCCAUCAAACAGCUGCCUGCCUUCCUCAUCACCUCCCUCAACCUCCAGCUUGGACCACACUCCAAUGCAGCCCCCGCCCCGCUGUCCUGAGUGUCCACAGUACCUCACUUUUUCCUGGCAGCCCGCAUAGCACCCUGUGUGUUCACCACUAUUGAGCUCAGGAGAGCUCUUCAUGGAGCCCUGGAUCUCCAGGACCUGGCACUUACGGGCUGUCUUUUUUUGUUGGUUUUUUUGUUGUUUGUUUGUUUGUUUGUUUUUUUGUUUUUUUUUUUGAGACAGAGUCUCGCUCUGUCGCCCAGGCUGGAGUGCAGUGGCGCGAUCUCGGCUCACUGCAAGCUCCGCCUCCCGGGUUCACGCCAUUCUCCUGCCUCAGCCUCUCCGAGUAGCUGGGACUACAGGCGCCCGCCACCACGCCCGGCUAAUUUUUUGUAUUUUUAGUAGAGACGGGGUUUCACCAUGGUCUCGAUCUCCUGACCUCGUGAUCCGCCCGCCUCGGCCUCCCAAAGUGCUGGGAUUACAAGCGUGAGCCACCGCGCCCGGCCUGUUUGUUUGUUUUGAGACGGGGUCUUGCUCUGUCUCCCAGGCUGGAGUGCAGUGGCUCAAUCUUGGCUCAUUGAAACCUUCACCUCCUGGGUUCAAGCGAUUCUCCUGCCUCAGCCUCCUGAGUAGCUGGGAUUACAGCCGUAUGCCACCAUGUCUGGCUAAUUUUGUAUUUUUAGUAGAGACGGGGUUUCACCAUGUUGGCCAGGCUGGUCUCAAACUCCUGACCUCAGGUGAUCCGCUCACCUUGGCCUCCCAAAGUGCUGGGAUUACAGGUGUGAGCCACUGUGCCUGGCUUAGGGGCCAUCUUUGAGUCAGCCCUGGCUCUGCUCCCCAGGUCUCAGUGCUGUGGCCCCCCCAGAGCCUAGAGGAUGUUUCAUGGAAUCCCAGCCACUCCGGGCAUAGGAGCCCCUGGGAACAAGCCGGAGCUGUAUGAGGAAGUGAAGUUGUACAAGAACGCCCGGGAGCGGGAGAAGUACGACAACAUGGCAGAGCUGUUUGCGGUGGUGAAGACACUGCAAGCCCUGGAGAAAGCCUACAUCAAGGACUGUGUCUCCCCCAGCGAGUACACUGCAGCCUGCUCCCGGCUCCUGGUGCAGUAUAAAGCUGCCUUCAGGCAGGUCCAGGGCUCAGAAAUCAGCUCCAUCGAUGAGUUCUGCCGCAAGUUCCGCCUGGACUGCCCGCUGGCCAUGGAGCGGAUCAAGGAGGACCGGCCCAUCACCAUCAAGGACGACAAGGGCAACCUCAACCGCUGCAUCGCCGACGUGGUCUCGCUCUUCAUCACGGUCAUGGACAAACUGCGCCUGGAGAUCCGCGCCAUGGAUGAGAUCCAGCCAGACCUGCGAGAGCUGAUGGAGACCAUGCACCGCAUGAGCCACCUCCCGCCCGACUUCGAGGGCCGCCAGACGGUCAGCCAGUGGCUGCAGACCCUGAGCGGCAUGUCGGCGUCCGAUGAACUGGACGACUCACAGGUGCGUCAGAUGCUGUUCGACCUGGAGUCAGCCUACAACGCCUUCAACCGCUUCCUGCAUGCCUGAGCCCGUGGUGCCAGCCCCUGCAGAGAAGGGCGGAGUCUGAGGUGAUGACUCCUGGUCCCCUGUCCACCACACAGGCCCUGGUCAUCCACACAACUCACUGUCUGCAGCUGCCUGUCUUGUGUCUGUCUUUGGUGUCAGAACUUUGGGGGCCGGGCCCCUCCCCACAAUAAAGAUGCUCUCCGACCUUC